UUCCACCCUCUGGUCACACUUACAUAUUCCGGGUUUUUUCUCCACGAAGCAAAAUAGAAACAAAUUUCCUAUAUUUCAUGCUAAAUUGGCCCAGAUCCGUACUACCAUGCUCAUGAGUCGAGCGCUCUGCCGGAGUUGGCUGUCCCAGGUGGCCCACAGAUGUCAUGCAAAUGUGCCAAUCCUGCGAAUAAACUCUGGUCAUCCGGCGGCCAGGUCCUGCCGGCAGUUCCAAAGCAACCGGAAACAGAGCAACCUAAAGCCCACGACCGGGGAGCCUCUGGCGGCUGAGCAAAACACCACAGUGCCGUUGAACAAUGUGAUCAAGGCGGUGGCCUUCACGGGAGCAUUUACGGUGGGCUGUUUCGCGGGCGCCACCAUCCUGGAGUACGAGAACACACGCAGCCUAAUCCUGGAGAAGGCGCGACAGGCGAGAUUCGGCUGGUGGCAGAGUCGUUCACUGGCGGACCGGGACUACUGGACACAGCUGAAACAGGACAUCCGGCGGCACUGGGACUCACUGACGCCCGGCGACAAGAUGUUCGCCCCCAUCUUCCUCUGCAAUGUAGUGGCCUUCGCCAUGUGGCGCGUGCCCGCCCUGAGAUCCACUAUGAUGACCUACUUCACCUCCAAUCCAGCGGCGAGAGUCGUCUGCUGGCCCAUGUUCCUGUCCACCUUUAGCCACUACUCGGCCAUGCACAUAUUCGCCAACAUGUACGUGAUGCACAGCUUUGCCAACGCGGCGGUCCUUUCGCUGGGCAAAGAGCAAUUCCUGGCGGUCUACCUCAGUGCCGGCGUCUUCUCCAGCCUGAUGAGCGUGCUCUACAAAGCGGGCACGAGUCAGGCGGGGAUGUCCCUGGGUGCGUCUGGAGCCAUAAUGACACUGCUGGCCUAUGUGUGCACCCAGUAUCCGGACACCCAGCUUAGCAUUCUGUUCCUACCCGCGUUGACAUUCUCCGCCGGAGCCGGCAUAAAAGUGCUAAUGGGCAUUGACUUCGCCGGCGUUGUGUUGGGCUGGAAGUUCUUCGAUCAUGCGGCGCAUUUGGGUGGUGCAAUGUUUGGCAUCUUUUGGGCCACGUAUGGAGCACAAAUUUGGGCGAAGCGGAUUGGCCUGCUGAAUUACUACCACGACCUGCGCCGGACGAAGCAGAAAUAGUACAAGAGGAUCGGGGGACGGCCAAGUGAACGGACGGGAAGCUGAGGUUUCGGAGUGGUAGCAACUAACACUCUGAUGUGACGAUAAAACUGACAUCGUUCUGCCUUAGGAGUUCAUUGCAAUGAGUUAAGUUGAAUAAAGCGUUAACAUCCUGUA